GCAUGCGCGCUGGGCUGCGUGACGCGGCCUCGGCUAAGGUCUUACAGCGCGGGUCAUCUCGCCGCCGCCGCAAUAACCGGACUCUCCAUAAACCAUGUCCGCUCUUCAGGAUAUUCUAACUGCAGUGACGUCUGCUGAUGAUUGGUCCGGUGGCCUGGAGUAUCGCAAGGGAGCCCACUCCACAGGAGAGGGGGACCGGUACGAGGAGCGCGUACUGGCCCUGGUGUUCCUGCGCUGCCUGAAGCGCCGGCUGCACUUCCAGCUGUCCUCCAACAACGACGAUGCGGGCAAGUUCGACGACCUGGUCCUGGUGUGGCGCCCCGAGGGGCACCGCGAAGCACGAGGCCUGCUGGUCCAGCUCAAGCACAAAACUUCCCAGCGGGCCAAGACCAUCCACCGGAACACGUGGCUGUCCGAGGCCCCCAACUGUGACUUCGGGCUCGCCAAGUACUACGCCUCCUACACCAAGAUACGCGACUCGUUGAAGAUGGAGCGGCUCACGCUCGUGUUGCUGACGAACGCGCGUCUGGCCGACACUUGCGACGGCAUGUUCGUGAGGCAGACCGAGGCCGGCGUCCCGGGGGCGGAGCUGCUGCGGACUGGCGGCGAUCUUUACAGGCUGGACCCGGCCGACGAGCAGGUGUGGCGUGCGGUGCGUGGGGACGCCGGCUUCGCGGAGCGCUUCCACGUGCUGUGCGGCCAGAGCAACAGCGAGGAGGUCGCCGGCGACGUCUGCGGGGAACUGGAGGAGCUGCUGGGAGCCGGGGACCUGUGCGGACGCCUCUGCGACGGCCUGUGCAAGAGCGUCCGGGAGUGGAUGAACGGGCGGAGCGUGUGCCUGACGAGCGGCUGGAGCGACUGGCGGGCGCUCGUCGACGAGUACGUCAGGAGCGAAGUGAGUGGUUGCGGGGCGGCGACCGUCGGGCUCCAGUUCGACACCGUGGAGGACGUUCGGAAUUACGUGACGGCCUGUAACCCGGCGUGGGUCAGACCUCCGGACAAGGAAACGGUAGCCCUGACUGCUACCAAGAUCCACCAGGCACUGGCUCACGAAACACACAUUGUGGUCGGUAUGGAACAUUUCAGAGCGCUGCGGCAGAGGAUCGUGUGCUGCUGGGGGCCGUUUUGCCGAUGGCUGGUACUUGUAGACGACGAUGACCGUGAUAACUCCGACACUUUCUUUGAGCUGAUGAAACAGAUGCACACUGACCGCCGUCUGGUGAUUGCAUCAAUGACAGAAAAUAGCUGCUUCAUUGAUACUUACCAAUCUUCUAACAUCAGUGACGACAGCUGGAAUGAGAGUUUGAAUAUCAAGGUCAGACUGAAUGGGGACCAGUACGAAUGCCCCCUGCGUGACCUUGUGGGAGAUGCUGACACCCUCAAAUCAGUGGUGGAUGGGAACCCGGCACUGCUGUUGGCCCUGGCACAGUUGUCUCAGCCUCUGCAGAUGGGCCAGGAGUUGGAACCACUGCCGUCAGACUAUUCUCCAACGAAACUGGUGGAGCGGCGUCUUGUGGCGAACGAAUUCUUCUCGUCUGUGGGGCAACAUGAUGUGUGCAUCACCGACAGUGCAUCCUACAGACUGCUGUCGCACGAAAUUGGUGGACAUACAGUGUUAAGUGUGGCAGAUGUGGGCAGUGUGUUCACUUCAUCAGAAACAGAGUGGCCCCUGUUUGCGUUAACUGACAACCUGGCGAUGUCUAGUAUUCGAGAAAUCUGUAGAAAACAGACGAACUGGAAUAUUUACGUGUUGCAAUUUGCUGAUGAUGGAUGGGAGAUUCUUUACGUUCUAGGAGACCCCCGUAAGAUUCGAGAAUAUGUAAGAGAGAAGGAGAGAGAGCCGCUGGAAGUAUUUGAUGCCGCCAGUAAUACAGUAAUUGUGGAGGGGAGGCCAGGUGUGGGAAAGUCGACGAUGCUGUCCCAUGUGGGGAAGCAAUUAAAAGAUAGGGAUUCUGGCUGUUGGUUAUUGAGAGUUAAUUUGUUGGACUUUUACACAGUUUUUGAUCACUGUGACAGAGGUACGAUAGCCUCAGAAGACAUCUUACAGCAAUGUGUCUUUAAUAAGGGCGAUGAGGGCAGGCUGGAGUACGCACUGCUUCGCCACAGCCUGCUGGAGUCGCCGCGAGUCGCCUGUCUCGUGGACGGCUUCGACGAGGUGUGCCCAGAUUACGCUGACAAGUGCCUCGAGGUGUUGCCGCUGCUGACGCCACAUCGGGGCAAGCUCCUGGUGACGACGAGGCCGGCGCCGGUGACACACCUGGAGACACGGAUGGGUGUGCUGGCACACACUUUGCGGCCUUUCAGUGAUGCUCAGCUACAUGAGUUCUUCACUCUUCACGGUUGGAGGCGAAACGUCCCAGCCAUCGAUGGUCUCAAAAAGAGCGUGAGGGAUCUCCUGAGAAUUCCACUCUUUGCGAAAAUGUAUGUGAACCUGUCAGGGGAAAGAGCAGCAAUAUACGAUAUUGUGACGCUGUACGAGGAUUUCUUCCGAAAUAAGUUCAGAAGGCUUUACGAGGAGAAGUGGGGUGACAACUUGUCUGCUCCCGGCAAGAGGAAAGAGAUCGAGGCGGCGAGGAAGAGGCACGAAGAGCAGCUGAUGCUGCUCGCAGUGUCGGCUCUGGUGCACAGUGCAGACGAACCACCGGGUCCGUCAUUCGACAGUGACAUCUUCGUAAAAGCUGGAAUCGUGUACGAGUUCACUGACAAUAAACCUGUGUUCCUGCACAGGACGUUCGCCGAACACUUCCUCGCCAAGUGGUGCUUCGUCAGGUUCGGAGAGCCGAGCUGUGCGGCGGUGUACCGAGAAGCGUACCGGGACGGGAGCCUCGAGUUCUUCCUGGAAUCCUUCGACCGCACGGCGGCGAGAGGGCGGCCGCUGCUGCUUGCCGUGCUGGGCGGCGACGAGGGGGAGGUCGGGGCGCUGCUGGCGGCGGGAGCCGACACACCCGGGGUGGCGGACGAGUGCGGGCGCAGCGCGCUGCACCUGGCGGCCCACGGGGCGGGCUCCUCGCUGCUGCUGCUGCGGCUGUGCAGGCGUGCGCAGCAGGGCGCCCUGUCUGCGGAGGACGCCCUGCUGCGCUGGACGCCGCUGCGGUACGCCGCGGAGGGCCGCCGCUGGGCUGCAGUGAAGGCGCUGCUGGAGGCCGGCGACGACGCCAGCCACCUGGGCGACUUCGCAGCGGGCUCGCAGGACCCCGCGCUGCUGCGGUCAGUGUGGGAGCGGCGCGGCUACAGAGCCCUGUUCCGGCACGUCCUCCGAGACUGUCCGCGAGCCCAGGCAACUCAGUGGUGCACAGCUGGAGAAGGCCACGUUGCCGCACAAAUACAGUUUGCCGUGUCCUUGGUCUGUGCAAAUAUGGCGGAAGGUUGGCUGGAUCUUAUCACUGAAAAGGCCAUGGAAGAAGGUCAUGUGGAGGUUCACAAUUUACUCUUACGCGCAAAUGUCAACACAGCAGAAGAUGAAACUGGUGACGCAGUAGCAAACCUGAAAGCCAAAGAUGAUCGUGCAGACCAGUUGAGAAGCCUUCAGGGCAUUGGCCAGCAACAAAAAGUGUCGACAGGGGUGGGAGGACAGGAACUAGGUGGUAAUUCUAGCCCCAGCUGUGCUGUAGGGGUUCCAGAUGGGGGUGCCCUAUCCACAGCACAGUCUGGAGUAGACGCCAGUGGAUGUGAAUGGACAGAGCUGCACAACAUGUACCUGGUAGGUAACGAUAGGGGCGCCAUGUUGUUUGUGGAUGGGGGCACUAUAGUGCAACGUGCGACGGUGGUUCCAGGUGAGAAAUGUCAGAGACUGCUUGCAGAAUCUGGAGGUCGACUGUUGUGCCUGUCUGCCAGAGGAGACACUCGAGGAGUAAAGCUUAAGGUAGUUCCCGCAGAGGGUGAACUCGAGCAGCAUCCGGCAAUCUCAUCACUACACUAUGACGCGGCCGUCGGCAACGCCGGUAUUCUUCACACACUUGUAAAUAUCGGUGCAGAUGUGAACAAAACAGAUGAGUACGGCAAUGCAGCACUACACUACGCCGCCACCUCUGGGAGUGCAGAUUGUAUCUCGCUCCUCUUAGAAGCAGGUGCAGAAGUACAGGCAAAAACUGAAGACGGCUCUACAGCCCUGCAUUUGGCAUCGAGGAACGGCUAUGCAGACAGUGUGAGACUGCUUAUAAGGAGUGGUUCAGACGUCAACGGGCAGAACUCAGAUGGGGAUACACCUCUGAUCUGUGCGGCAGGCAGUGGCAGUGUCGACUGUAUGACGGUACUGUUAGACGCUGGCGCAGACGUAUGCGAGACUGAUAACCGCGGUGAUACUGCUCUCUGCGUUGCAGCGGGUGGUGGCAAUGCAGAAUGUGUUGCGGUCUUGGUAGCUGCAGGUGCAGAAGUCAAUGUACAGGACUCGGGGGGUUAUACACCGGUCCAUGCUGCAGCUGUGUUCGGGAGUGUGGAGUGUGUCAAGUUGCUGACAGACGUCGAUGCAAGUGUGCGAGUACAGGAUAAUGCAGGUAACACGCCUCUGCACUUUGCCGUUGCUAUGGGCAACACAGACUGCGUCAGGCUGUUGAUCGAGUUGGGUGCCAGUGUGCACGAGCAGAAUCGUGACGGGGCCACUCCGAUGCACCGUGCGGCAGAAGAGGGUCACGCCGAUUGCGUAAGACUUCUCCUAGACGGUGGGUCUGCCGUGAAUGCAAAGAAUAACGAUGGCUACAUUCCAUUGCACUUUGCAGCAGGAGGUGGUCACACUGAGUGCACGAAACUUCUCGUACACGGCGGAUCUGACGUGCUGGCCCAGAGUGCAGACGGAUCGACUCCUCUGCACUACACAGCUCUGAAUGCUGGCAAUGUCGACUGCAUCCGCCUCCUGUUGGACGCCGGCGCCAGUCUGGCAACGCUGGAUGGGGAGGGCGGCACGCCGCUGCACUGCGAAGCAGCCAACGGGGACGUGGAGUGCACCGCCCUGCUGGUGGCUGCCGGGUCGGACAUCCGUGCACAGGACUCCGACGGCUACACGGCGCUGCACUUUGCUGCACUGAACGGCAAUGCCGAGUGUGCCGCCUUCCUGCUGGACAAUGGUGCGGACGUGCGAGCUCAGACCGUAAAUGGUGACACCCCUCUGCACCGGGCAGCUGGUAAAGGUCACGCUGAUGUCAUCACCGUGCUACUCCGAGCGGGUGCGCCUGUAGGGGUGCAGAACAAAGCAGGAAAGACAGCCCAGCAAGUGGCGCAGGAGGAGGGGAACGUGGUCUGUGUGGCACGAUUGCAGGGUGCCGAAGUGGUCGAGGUGGGCGAUGAUGUCCGCUCCAGAGGUACAAAGUGUCAUACUGGUCAAAAUCACAGGCGCUUGUGUUCACUUUUAUAAUCUCCGCAGCUGAACUGCAACUACUUUCACUACAAAAAGUCGUCGGUAAAAACUGAUAUUACGAAUGUUUCAAACAUUUUGGGCAGAAAUUAUCCAGAAGGUGGAAGUGUAAAAUGAGUGUUUUUAGAUGAAGUUUUGUUGGGCUGUGAAAUAUAGAGUGAACACUGUCCAUGACAUAUGUAUUGGUAGACUGUUACUUCUCGCAACACAACAUGCCUGCAUAUUGGGGUUGCUGUCUUACUAAAUAAUGCAUAAUCGUGACUGUGAAGCGUUUGAAGAAGAGCAUUUAAUGAAUGGUCCUGCACGAUGUAGUAUAAAUGUGCGUGCAUAACAGCCAUCAUGUGAUUCCAUAUAUGUGUGUUUGGAAAAUUUUCCUCUUAAUCAAUGUUCUGUUGUAACAGUAUGUAUUUUUCUAUGUCUGAUAUAGUUAUGUAUCUGUGUUCGCUCUGGGCAGUGUACUACUCAAUAUAAAAUGUUAAUUAUGCUAUAUAUGCUCUAUGUAGCAAAAAAGACAAAGACUGUUUCUUCACCUCACUGCUUUCUUUUGCUGUCUAUGGUAUCGUUAAAGCUUUCUAGGUAGACUGGUCACUGUCCUUAAUAUGAACUUCUGAUCAAACAAUGGGCAGAACAUGGAAGUCUCAAGGACACAAAAAUAUACAACUGUCACAGCUAAAUCAUCCAUCAGAUGUGCUUCAGUUAUGACAAUUGAUUUGCUCACAUGGCAUGUGUAUACACAGUUGUACUAUGAUAAAAUUAUGGUGAUACAUGGAAAUGGACAUACAUUCAUUUUAAUUGUACAAAACUGAUAACAAUUUGGUCAUUUGAUAUGUUCAUAUCUUAUUUUAUAUAUUUUUUACAGGCACUAGUAGACAGCUUUCUUAAAGUUUAGUAACAGCAUCACACAAUACAGCACUAUUUUUUGUAGUCAGUAUCAGUCAUACUCAACUCAUUUGUACUAGAGGAGAAUAAUUAUAUAAGGAGCAGUCAGAUUAAAACGAGACAGAUGGAAAAAAGGAAGUAAGCAGUUCAUUAUUUCAAAAUUAAUCGCCAUAACUGUUAAUGGACACGCCCACAUGUUCCCACAAUUGUUUAGAGUGUGCUAGAAAGCAGUAUUCUUGGAAAUUCCAAACGCAUCCUCCAUAUAGACCCAAUCUCUCCUCACGUAAUUUACAAAUUUGGAGAAAGAUAUUUGUGGACGUCGAUUUGUUUUGAACGACGAAGUGCACGCCUGGGUGCAAUCAUGAUUCCAUAGACAGUGAAGGCACUGAUCAUUCUGUCUCACAGUGGGAUAAAUGUAUUAACAAUUAGGGCGAGUACUUUUGGAAUAAUAAGCAACUGGCUUACAUUUUGUGCUCCUGACAAAUAGAGUGUAUACACUGACUGUACAUAAGGUCUCAAAAAACUUUUUCAUCUAGUAUAAAUGCGUUAUACACAGAUUGACUGUUAUACAAAAUAUGGAAAAAUGUUUUGCAAGGCACUAUGUACAGUCAAUGUAUGCACUUCGCAUACACUUGUUCUCCUUUGGUACAAAUAACUGGAUGAUGAUCGGUGUAUGAGAGAAAUCGAUUAUAAAGAACAAGUAAUGAUACAGUUCCCAAGCCAUAAUUCAUGUUUUUGGAUUUACCACUUUUAAGGAAAGGAGCGGAAUAUUUUAUUCUUGCCAGUGAUAUGAAUGGUGUAAUACUUAACUAAUCAAACACAGAAAUAAAGUUCCUACUAUUUGUGUGAUAAAAAUUUAGUUCGUAUGAUCACAUUAUGUAUAUUUGUGUUUGUGUGUGUAAUGUUAAUAAACAUUUGUAAUU